GCGCUCUCCCCUCGCGCCGCCCUCGGCUCGCGGCCCCGGCUGAAGAGGAGCGGAGCCCGCCGGCCGGGCCGCGGCGCAGGCCUCCCCUCGGCGCCCCCCGGGCCGGCGUGGGCGGCGGGAGUCGGACACGGCACUUAACGACAAAGCGGCCUCCGGGGCCAUGGCGGGCUUCCUGGACAACGUCCGCUGGCCGGAGUGUGAGUGCGUGGACUGGAGCGAGCGCAGGAACGCCGUGGCCUCGGUGGUGGCAGGCGUGUUGUUCUCCGCAGGCUGGUGGGUGAUGAUCGACGCGGCCGUGGUGUACGCGAAGCCCGAGCAGCUGAACCCCGCCUUCCACACCUGCGGGGUGUUCUCCACGCUGGCCUUCUUCAUGAUAAACGCGGUGUCCAAUGCCCAGGUGAGAGGCGACAGCUACGAGAGCGGCUGUUUGGGAAGAACAGGUGCUCGCGUCUGGCUCUUCAUCGGCUUCAUGUUGAUGUUCGGGUCGCUCAUCGCUUCCAUGUGGAUUCUCUUUGGUGCCUACGUUACCCAGAAUACCGAUGUUUACCCAGGGCUGGCGGUGUUCUUCCAGAACGCGCUGAUCUUUUUAAGCACGCUCGUCUACAAAUUCGGGAGAACUGAAGAGCUGUGGACCUGAGGUCACUUCCGAAACCUCCUCCUCUGCCAUAUUCUACUUGUAGAUACGUUUUUAUUAUCGUUCAAUGUAGCUUUCACAUCGUCAGAUAGAAUAGGUUGUACAUUAAUGUUGUGUUGCUUUACACUUUCAUGCUCUGAGUUUUGAAAUAGUUUUCUGUGUUUUAAUGACUAGAUUGUUGAUAUGUAUAUAAGACUGUACAGAUAGAGGGUAUCGCCUUUUAUUCCUGCUGAGGCUGGGUCUGCGUCCCGAGUCGGGGUAUCAUCACAUGAUGCAGAGUUCACUGCUUUGCUUCCAAGUCCCCAGAUGUACCAGAAAAUACAAAUAAGCGCCGAGCCAUUCAAAGGGUGUUUCAGCAAAUUGUAAUUUAUUUUGUCUUAAAAAUGACAUUUUUUAAAGGAAAUGUUUGUUGUGUAUUAAAGAAGUGGAUUUUUCUAUGAAGAAUUUUUAAAUGCCUGAAGGACUGGUUUGAAAGCCUAUUUUGGAAACGACUCCUUGACUGUGACUAAUUGAGGAGGGGACCCCGAUGCGCUGAGCCCGCUUCCGUGUGGUUUCCGUGAAGAUGGAGGGCGGCGGGCGGCCCAGCAGCAGCGUCUGGCACCGCGGGGGUCGGCAGCGAGCACGGCUGAGGCAGCUGCGCCCAGAAGCACGGCCUGGCCCGGCGGACGCGUUUCAAGAUCCAGUCCUUCCCCCGGGGUUCUGACCUGGGGAGGGUGAGGAUCCGCGUAGUUCCCUGCAGCGGCUCCAGCUCUGGGCUUGGGCGCGUCCUGCAGGUGCUCUGUCCUGAAGCGCCACGGCCCCGCCCGACAGCCGCGCGGAGCUGGACACACCGCCCUGGUGGCCCCGCCAGCGGCCAGGGGCCCCGGGCCCUUCGCUGCGGCGGCUCCCGGGCCCUGCAGGUCUGUGUCGCACGUUUGCCUCCGGGGGCUGUCACAGCCUUUCACAGAGGACGCGCCGUCGGUGAGCCGUCUGCAGCCGUGCGGCCGCGGCGCCCUUCCCCGGGCCACGUGCGUGCGGAGCGGGUGCUGACGCCGAGCCGGGCCUGCGGCCUCCUGUCCUGGCGGUUGCUGUCUCACUGUCCGUGUGUCUGUCUUGCUUCAACACAUGGUCAGGCUAAUGACAUGUUCCCGUUCUCUUGUCACCUGUUGCAAUAAUCGCUCCUCGCACACCCUGAUGUUAUUAAAUCUUGGAGAAAACAAGCCA